AUGAGCUCCGCCUCGCAUGCCUCAUGCGCCUCAAGCCGGACAUGCCUGCCUGAUGUAUCAAAUGCCUCACAUCCCUCCCAUGCUUCACACACCUCACAUGCCCUUCAUGCCUCACGUGCUUCACAUGCCUCCUCCUUCUCCUGGUUCAACUCCUCCUCCUCCUCCUCCUCCUCCUCCUCCUCCUCCUCCUCCUCCUCCUCCUACUCAACUACCUCCUCCUACUCAACUACCUCCUCCUACUCAACUACCUCCUCCUACUCCACUACCUUCUCCUACUCCACUACAAUGGACCAACAGGCCAGUUGGUCUAACCGGUCCAAUUGA